AUGGACCUAUUUCGUGCCACUAUCGCCAGGCUUGAAAGGGCUAAGAUCGCCAAAACGUGGGCUUCUCUGAAGAUAGAUGCUGGACUUGCAUACGAUCUGGUGAGACGCUCUUUCUGGUAUCGAUUGAGCCACACUAACACAUUGAACAGAGAGCAGAGAGCAGAGAGCCCAGCGCCUGAGUUCAUCUCGAUGGGAAUUUAUGUCGACCGCCGCAACCAGCCCCAGGCAGGAGAUAUCUUCGAACUCGAUGAUACGUUGAUCCCUGUACCAGAUGUCUUCCUAAAGCUGGCAAAGGCUACAGAGCUAUGGUAUCAUUGUAUGCCACUUUAUGGGAUUGCAAACUGCCUCACCAAGGAUGUCGGUCUACGUGGAUUCAAAUUUGAGUUUUUUUAA